AUGGAGAAGAAGCUUCGUUCAUCUCUUCACUCUUCACCUCAAGAAUUCAUCUCCUUAGCCAUAACCCAAACCCUAAAAUCUUCAAAACCCUCUCUCAAAACCCUAAUCCAUAACAUUAAACCCUCCUCCAACCUCAUUUUUUCUCUCCCUCCCUCUCUCUGCAACGCCAUCACCUCCACCAUUCAAUCCUUCCAGAACCUUCUACAAUCCAACUCCGACAACCCUCAAACCCCUCUCGCCACAGCGCUCCGCCGCUCUUCCCGCAAACCCAACGCCGACACUGAACAAAAACCCCGACCCGAUAAAAAGGACAGACUCCUCAAACGUCUUCAAAUUCUCACUCACGUUUUGUCUCUAUGCGUUUCGCACCCUAAGAAAAUUUUCGACCCCUCCUGUUUGCUUCCCGGAGUUCAAGCUUUGCAUGAUAAUUUAAUCGUGUUGGAAGCGGAUUCUGUUUUGUCUUCGGGGAUCGAGACGCUCUGUGAAGAAUGGUGGAAGGAGAAUUUAGUAGGUCGGGAGUCGUUGAUUUCUCAGACACUUCCUUUUCUUAUCUCGAGGACGUUGACUUUAAAGAAGAAAGUGGAUGUGCACAGGGUUUACAUGCUUCGUGAAGCGUUUUCUCUGUUUGAUUUUGAAGAUGAUAGCAUUGAGGAUUUGAAGCUGUUGCUGAAUCGGAGUGUGAUUUCUCCUUUGUUUUUGAAAACAGAAGAUGGAAGGAAGUUUCUGUCGUUUCUCUUUGGGCUGAGUGAUCAACUUAGGAAGGAACUGUUGGCGAUGAUUCGUUCGCAGAUUCCGUUUGGAAGGAAGUCCAUGUUGGAGGCUUAUGGGGAUAUAUUGUUUCGAGCAUGGAAAGCUGCCCCGGAAGAUUCAAGGAGUGAAAUUGAGAAUGGAUUCUUGCAGGGUUUGGUUGAGGGUUCCAUUCAUGCAAGUUCUGGUUCUUUUGCUUCGUAUAUUAGGAGGGUUUUGGGAGGUUUUAUCAACCAGAGGACCGUUGACGGGGUUGAGAAACUACUCUAUCGACUUGCCGAGCCUGUCAUAUUUAGAUCUCUACAGGCUGCAAACUCAAAUGUUCGUCAAAAUGCUUUGCACCUGCUAUUGGAUGUAUUCCCCCUUGAAGAUCCUGAUGCCCCAAAAGGGGAUAAGGAUACAUUGAUUGAUAAACAGUUCUUUUUGUUAGAAAGGUUGCUUGUCGACGAUUGUCCGGAAAUUAGAACAAUUGCCGUUGAGGGUUCUUGUCGUGUCCUUCAGCUAUUUUGGGAAGUUAUUCCGUCGCCAAUUAUUACGAAGAUGCUUUCAAAAAUAAUUGGUGACAUGUCUCAUGAUGUAUGCAGCGAGGUAAGGCUUUCUACGUUGAAUGGCAUCAUUUAUUUGCUUGAGAAUCCCCACUCGCAUGAAGUACUUAAAGUGCUCUGUCCAAGACUCGGGCACUUAAUCCAGGAUAAUGUGCUCACAGUACAAGUAGCUAUGGCAGACCUCUUGCUCCAUCUAAAGGAUGUCCCAAAUUAUCAGUUUAAUAAGGUGGUGGAUCUCAAUUUGCUUUUAUCCGAGCUUGCUAGUGAUCAACCUUCUGUAGCUCAGAAGAUAACUAAACUUCUUAUACCUUCGUACUUUCCCUCAGUAGUGCCCAUUGAGGAGGCAUGUAAUCGCUGCAUUACACUUGUAAAAAGGGCUCCACUGGCUGGUGCAAUAUUUUGCAAGUAUGCCAUCUUGGAAGGAGCGUCUAAAACUCGUCUUAUAGAACUUGUAAACGUAUUUCUGAGUUUGGUAUUGUCACCAGAUAAGCUGAAUGCAGAUCUGAUAGAGGGCUUUCUUGUUGCUGCUAGCUACCUUUGUGAAAACUUAACCUUUGAACCAUGCUAUAAGAAUGUCCUCAAAGAGUUCAUUACUGUAGAGAAAGUGAAAGGUUUACUAACUGCGGCAUCUACUCAACAAGCUCAAUCAUCUUUAUUCAACAUUUUUUCCACUGUCUGUCCAGAUAAUGUUGAAGGACUUCUAGAGGAGGGCAUGAGUGUUGUCACAAACUGCAGUGGUUUACCGGAAGAUGUUGAUCGCCAAUCUAAAGUUAGGUCUGCACAUAAGUUGUUGCUUUCUUUGGGAGGUUUUGAUGACAUGUUCGAAGCCUUAACGACCCUACUGCAUAAGGCUGCUAAUCGCUGUCACGUUAAAUUUGGUGCAGACAUGCCAUCACCCAGUGUUGGUUCUAAAUCAUUUGGAAAACUUUCAGUUAAAUCAAGUGUUAAAACUAAAUCAUUUGGAAAACUUUCAGUUAAAUCAAAGAUAAUUAACCGAAAGCAAUCUUUUGAAGAUGAUUAUGUUGUAGCGGUUGGUGUAGCAUGGCAAGUUAGAGACUUGCUGCAGCAUAAGGAUACCAGGAAAGCUAUCUUUAAAUCUCAACCUUUAGAAAAGUUAUUUUUUUCACUUAAGAUGGUAUCUGAAAUCAGCAUUGUGAAUUGUGGGAAGUAUGAAUAUAUUGAUGUAUCUCCUGUUUUGGCAUAUGUUGCCCUUGCUCUGCAAAUGACGGUUGAUAAUGUUGGCCGAAGUAGUGGAAAAAGUGGUGGUUUAAAGAGGAAGAAACGUAACAUUGAUUCUUCAUCAUUACUUUCAGAGACUGUAUUGGGUCUGACAAUUGAGCACAUGCUGGACUGCUUAGAAAAACUAUUUGGAUCGGAUGACUCUGUACGGAGUCGCAAUGUGGGUUCAUCCAACUUGAAAUCAACAUCAGGUAAAAAACAAAAUUCCGAAAAUAGGCGAAGGGUGUCUCUGACAAAUGCUGGCUGCCCAAGAGGAUCUGUACACAGUGAAGCUCAAUAUGUACUUUGCAAGGUGAAGAUGCUUACUGCCGUUCUCAAGUUCAUUGCUGAUACUGCUGCAAUGUAUUUUGCUCCUCAUAACCAUGGGUUAUUUUUGAAGUAUACAUCAAAAUGCAUUCAACAUAUAGUGUCUUCAUUGGACCAUCUUUUUCAUAACAAAAUUCAAUUCCAUGAAGAAGAUAAAAAAAAUACUAUAAUUUGCCUAAAAAGUUCUUUCAGCUAUGCUGCCAAAAUACUCAAUGUGAUUCUGGCCGGUUCUGAUGGAUCCUCCAUUACAGCAUCAAAAGCCUUUAAUCUUGCCAAUAACUUACUUGAUUUAAUUGUUUCAAUAGAAUCAUGUUUAGGCUCUGUAUAUGCGUCACGUCUUGUUUCAGCAGCAAGGCCUUGGCUACCUGAUGUGAUUUUGGCAUUGGGGUCUCUAAGUGUUCUACAAGAUACUGACUGUGAAACCGAACAUGCAACUGUAUCUGAACAAAUGAAGUUUUGUUUUCCAAAAUGGCCUUUGGUCGUAGCCAAAACUGUGCUCUCUGCAGUGAAUGAAGGUGAAGAAGAUGCUGAAAGUUCUCAGACAGAUAAAUGCCCAGCAUUCAAUAAACUUCUGGCCAUGCUGAUUAUAUUACUAAAAAAGAACCGAAGUAUAAUGGAUGCAGUUGGAAAUGUUUUCCUGGUUUGUUCACUUGUUGGGCUAGAACGAAAAGACUUUGAGCUGGCAUUAGGACUCUUGCAGUUUGUAUGUUCCAAGUUGUUUAACAGCGAUGACAAGGAUUGGGGUGACAUGAUGCUGUCUUCUCUGCAAGAAAUAUAUCAUAAGAUAGAGCAACAAAUGAAAGAAGAUAGAAACGAGGAUGAAUUGGAGAAAUUAUUGCAUGCAAAGGAGUUGCUUGAACCUCUUUGGAACUAUCAUCUAUAUGAAACUAGAAAGGUUGACAUGACUGAUGUCUAG